CCCUCCGAGCCAAGUAAGUGUCCCCUUCCUUCUCUACUUUCCCGGUCAUGUCUUCUCCUAGCGAUAGGGUCUCUUCCUCAGAGGACUGCUCCUCUGAGAAUUCCAACUCCUCUUCCUCGACCGGGUCUUCUUCUCUGAACUCUUCGCCCGGUCAGGUUCCCAACUCCCCCAUUCCCGACCCGCAUCCUGUAAAUCAGGUGCCCGGUGAAACCUUCGAGGGGAGGGAUGACCUGGUUGAUGACGAACCGGGUCCCUAUGAUCCCGAACACGAAACCCGGGAUGCGUGGGAGGCGCGGCUUCAUGCUGCCGUCCUACCGGGCAGAUCCGGCUGCGAAGGCUUUGUAUUCUUCAAAGCCCGUACCGGUAGGAAGUUCAUUUCCGAAGUCCCCCAGAGUAACCGGGGAUGGAAGGAAAAAUUUGUCUUCAUCGAGUUUCCCCCCUUCUUCACUCCUCUGGCCGGUCUGAAAUGGAAUGACCAUCUGCUCGACCAAGAGUAUACUGCACCGGCUUCCUCCCCAGACUUUGAAGCGAAUCUUGAGGUCCUCAUGCGUGGGGAUCCUUUCACCGGGAGGACGUUUCAUUAUGGCAGCUGGGUUUGGAGGGCCGACUCGGGUGGCGAGGGUACCUCCCCGGCCCAUGACGCAGCGGGGCGCGGGGUACCCUCCCCGGGCAACACUGCGGAGGCUGAGGGCAACUCUCACCCAGAUAUGGAGUUUGAUGAGUUCGCCAUCCCUGACGACCAACCAGCCGGGGAGACCGGGGGCUCCGAAGCCAAUCCUGCCAGGACUUUCCCGGUCAAUCCAGAGACCGUGGAAAUCCUGGAUGAAGAUGAGCCCCAAGACAACCGGUCUAAGGGGAAGGAGAAGGAGAAGGCCGGUCGCCGGGUUAAGAAGGUGGCCACCACGCACCCUUCUUACGCCAAGAAGAGGGCUAGGCAGGAUUCUGAGCCGGCCGGUCAGACCAUCGAAGAAGCCUUCAUCACUCUGGGGUUGAGGCUGAAGGAGGCGGGGGAGAUCGGGCCGCAGACAGUGGACCGGCUGGGGACGAGUUCCCCUUCUGAAGUCGACCGGCUGAAGAAGGAGAAGGAAGAAAUGGCACUCAUCCUGAGGAGCCAGGCUGAUGAGCUGAUCCGGCUGGCCGGGGCAAUGAAGACUGAGAUCUCCCAACUGAAGGAGGAGAAUGGCCGGCUGCUGGACGAGGUCUCUGAAGCAAAAAGAGAGAUGGCGGAGAAGGAAGAAAACUUCCCCGGGCGCGCAGCCGCCUGGGUUGAAGAAAACAAGGCCGAAGCUGCCCGGGUUCUGACGGCGAGUCCAGAAGCUACCAUGGAAUCCUUCAGGCUUCUAUACCGGGAGCCUGAAGGAAGGAAGAUGAUUACCGC